CUGUUCGGGGACGGAGUGCAAAGGGUGCAAGGUUCUUCCCUCCCACUCGGGGCGUAAGGCCAGGGCCCGCGCCUCCCACCAAGGCCCAGGCCGGUGGCCGAGCCUAAGGCUCCCGCUGCUGCGUGCUCCGUCAGUGCAGGCCCCGCGAGCGGUCCGCAUUUUACUUAUCGCGCAGCCUUGGCCUUUCCCUGCGCAGUCAUGGGCGCCGCAGCCUCGUCUGCUCUCACUGGGCUCAGCCUCCCCCAGCUCCGCCUCAGCCUUGUGCUCCCGGGCUUGGCGCAGCCCAGGGCUGCGUGGCUCGGGGCGGCCGCGUUGGGACUGGCCGCCGCGGCCGCUCUGGGGGCCGCCGCUUGGAGCAGCAGAGGUCCGCGGUGGCGGCGGCGGCGGCGGCGGCUCCAGAGGCGGCUGCGACAGGUGGGCACCGUGGCGCAGCUCUGGAUCUACCCCAUCAAAUCCUGCAAGGGAGUGCCCGUGAACGAGGCUGAAUGCACGGCGAUGGGGCUGCGCAGCGGUCACCUGAGGGACAGGUUUUGGCUCAUCAUCAAUGAAGAAGGAAACAUGGUCACCGCUCGACAGGAACCCCGCCUGGUAUUAAUUUCUCUAACCUGUGAAAAUGACUCCCUGAUUCUCAGUGCAGCCUACACCCAGGACUUGAUUCUGCCCAUCAAAGCACCCACUGCAAAUGUAGUAAGGAAGUGCAGAGUUCAUGGCCUUGGGAUUGAGGGAAGAGAUUGUGGUGAUGAGGCAGCCCAAUGGAUUACCAAUUUUCUGAAGACUCAGUCCUAUCGGCUGGUAUACUUUGAGCCUCAUAUGCGGCCAAGAAAUUCCAAACAAAUACAGGAUGCUUUCAGGAUUACAGAUAAGGUUGCUUACCCUGAUGCUAGUCCUUUCUUGAUUCUCUCUGAGGCUUCACUGGCAGAUCUCAAUUCCCGACUUGAGAAGAAGGUUAAAGCAAAUAACUUCCGGCCCAAUAUAGUGAUUUCUGGAUGCGGGAUUCAUGAGGAGGAUUCUUGGAAUGAAAUACUCAUUGGUGAUGUGGAGAUGAAGAGAAUAAUGGCUUGUGGCCGAUGCAUUUUAACAACUGUAGAUCCAGACACUGGCAUUAUGAAUAGGAAAGAACCUUUGGAAACCCUACGAAGAUGCAUGCAGAUAAUAUCAUAUAGACAGGAAAAAAGACUGAGAAGAGUUUCACAAUUGUCCACAGUGACGAAGCUAGUAAUUGUCAGAAGAGAGAAUGGAACACAAAUCUUAUCUGACCCUACGCUGAAUGAACUUUCUACUAGGCUAGAGAUUCUUAAAUUUUUUUCUGUUCAAGACUCCUUUUUGCCCAGGAAUUUUCAUGCGAUUGGACCCCAUCUCAAGUCUGAGCUGAAGUGUUUCUGGCAGCAUUCACGUAUACAUGGUGCAAAAUUGUUCAUGUUGUGUAUCCAGAACCAAGGCUGCAGGAAAGUCAUUCCAUGUAACAUGGGCAAGCAUCACGUGUUUGAUUAUUAAUUAAUUUUUUGGUCAUUUGGUGUUCAGAGAUCUUUUAUAGCUGCCAGACUUUUCACAACCCUCAUAUGUAGUUAUGCAAUCCUAUAUGGGGUCACAACCCACAGUUUAAGAAGCUUUGUACUAGGCCACAAUGCGUCUUUGAUGUUGUGGGAAUUACCUAAUAGCAAUAAAAUCCUGGAUGAGAAGACAUGAUAUAGCUCUUCUCAAGUUCUGAUAUGGGAGCUAUAUAACAUAUAUAAAUAGUAUAUAUAAGAUCAUAUAAAGCAAUAUAUGUGUAAGAAUGGGUGAUGUUGGAUUAAUGAAUUAGCAGGUAUAAAAGGAGAGUUAGAGCACACACUACAGUGGAGUGCAUACAGUAAGCACCUAAUAGAUGCUGGUUGAUGAAUGAAUGAUUUAAUAAUAAGCUAGCCUUAGAAACACUUUCUCAGUACCCACAUACCCAGUAAGACUACUGGUUUAUGAAAUAGCAUGAUGUAGUGAGAAGAAUUCUGAAUCAGGAGUCAGAAAAUCUGGCUAAGUUCUAGCUUUUUAGUAGUCAUGUGACUUUGGGCAAUUGAAAAACUCCCUGAGUCUUCAUUUUUUCAUCUGUAUAAUGGACAUAAUAAUAUUACUUGUUCUUCCUACUACACAGAUGUGCUAUGAAGAUGUGCUGUUAUGGGAGAAUGUAGGUAAAAGCAACAUGUAAUCUAGAAUCUAGAGUCAUGAAAUAAAAUCCUAUAAUCCUAAAAGAUCAUUUU